UUAGUGCGCAUGGAGUCCACGCCGUCCAUCCAUGCGCUUCCUUUCGUGGCCGUGUCGUGAAGUCACACAUUUCGAUAGGUCAGUGCUCGCGUAGGUGCUGGUCAACAAAUAACUGUGCAAAAAUGAAUUACUACGUCGUCGAGGGGCAAUUCGACGAUGCAGAAAGCGACGGCGACAUCUCGGGUAGCACCGAACAGAAGCCGAACGUAGCCGUGUCAUCUAGUGAACGCCGCAGUCCAGAGCAUCUUUUGAGCGACGACGACUCAUUCGGCGAAGAUGAGCUCAGUGACGACGACUACGACUGGGAUGAGUUGUCCCGAGGGAGCGUCUGCCACAACUCGGCUGGCACUCACCCGAACGCGCAACACAAGGGCAACCCGAAUUCAUUCCAGUCCCAGUGUAAGGUUCUCUCUGGCAAGUACAGCGGGAAGAUCAACCUUCAGGCGUACUCUGGUCCAGCCGUUGCUGCUGGCGCGUUAAGCGUGUUGAACGAGGCGAGCCGCAGGCAGGAAGCUGACCGUGUGCGCGUCCGAGACAAGGUGGAAAGGGCCACGGCAGAGCAGGUACUCGAUCGCAGGACGCGCAUCAUCCUCUUUAAGCUCCUCAACCGCGGCCUAGUGGAGCAGAUCAAUGGCUGCGUGAGCACGGGCAAAGAAGCGAACGUGUACCAUGCCAUUGCUGGCGGAGACGGUGCUCCAGACCGUGCCAUCAAGAUCUACAAGACGUCCAUCUUGGUGUUCAAGGAUCGCGACCGCUAUGUCACGGGCGAGUUCCGCUUCAGGAGCGGCUACUGCAGUAGCAACCCGCGCAAGAUGGUCCGCACCUGGGCAGAAAAGGAGAUGCGAAACCUCUCGCGCAUAUACGCCGCCGGCUUGCCUUGUCCAAAACCCAUCGUUCUCAGAAGUCACGUGCUUGUCAUGGACUUUGUCGGCAAGGACGGCUGGCCUGCACCCAAACUGAAAGAUGUUCCACUGAGCGAAUCCAAAGCGCGCGAGCUUUACAGAGACUGCAUUGUCAUGAUGCGACGGCUCUACCAAGAGUGUCGCCUCGUGCACGCCGAUCUGAGCGAGUACAACUUGCUGUACCACGAGGGGAAGAUCGUGAUAAUUGACGUGUCGCAAUCAGUUGAGCAUGACCAUCCAAACGCACUCGAGUUUUUGCGCAAGGACUGCACAAACAUCACAGACUUUUUCAGCAAGCACGAUGUGAAGACGUUGAGUGUUCGGCAGCUGUUUGACUUCGUCACGGACCCAACUAUUAACGAAGACAACAUGGACGCUUACCUUGAAAAAGCACAGUCGCUAGUGGAAGAAAGUGGCUCAGAAGCGACGAACCAAGUAGAGGAGGAAGUUUUCAAGAAAACGUACAUACCCCACAGGCUGGACGAUGUGCUUGACUUUGAGAAGGACAUUGUGGGUGUCCAGGAGAAGAACAAGAAGAUUCUGUAUCACACCAUUACAGGCAUGAAGCCCGACUUGUCAGGUCCGGCCGAUAAGCCGGCAAUACUUGAAGAUGGCUCGGACGACUCAUCCUCGGAGGACAGUGAAUGUGACGACAACGGGUCCAAGUUUGUGAACAUGGCCAGGCCUAAGGGGGAGUCACUUGAAGAAAAGAAGGAAAGGAAAAAGGCCGUCAAGGAUGCCAAGAAGGAGAAGCGCGAGGUGAAGGUGCCGAAGCAUGUCAAGAAGCGAAAGGAGAAGCAGGGAAAGGCACGCAAGAAAUGAAAACUUGUUUUGAAGUGGGGGGAUGUGUUUAUCGAGAGAAGAAAGGACCUCGCGCUUCUUCAGUUCGGCCGUGGGGAGAUGAGAUGAAUGGAGCGGUGCCCGCAGGCAUGCCGCCUCGGAGGGUAUGCGUUCACAUGCUUUUGUUUUGUGGCUCACCGCGCUUGCUUAAAGGAGGACUGACACGAUUUUGAGACAUUGCAAAAGGGACAUUUUUCGUUUCCUUGGUAUGCAGUGCCAACACUAUCCACACACCGGAGUUGGAGAACACGUAUAAAAUAUGUUAAUUUGACUUUUGAAGUUUUCGUCGCUUGUUUUGAGGGUCUGGGAGGGGGGGGGGUGCACGUGUGUAUUGAGAGAACAGAGGACAGGCGCGCGGGCGAGGAAUGCCCUCGCGCUUCUUCAAUCCGGCCGUCGGGAGAUAAGUUGAACGAAGCGAUGCCCGCAGGCAUGCCGCCUCGGAGGCUAGGCAUUCACAUGCUUCUGCUUUGUGGUUCACUGCGCUUGCUUAGACGUGCACGCCCCAUGCACAUGCAUUAGCGUCUGAUCAAGCAGCCGAAUUGCCAGCCCGCUCUAUUUAAAAAAUUAAGGCGCACAAGCACUGACUGGUGGGCCACAGUGGUGUAACCCUGAAAUCUUUCAGUUUUGCGUGUGUAGAUUGCACACACACGCAUAUAUAAACACACGCAUGAUCAUAUAUAAAGUACGGUUGAACCCCCCCACGCCGAAAAAAAUUUCUGGCUACGCUACUGAAAGCUAUCAGCUUAUAUAAGUGUGAUUCAGACACAAUACUGCAUUCGCAGCGUGCCUGGAGAUGUACACAUACACGUGUGCGGUGAAAUUUGCCUUGAUGUCGCUAUUACUUUUCUGCAGCGCAAAGAUACCAACUAUCGUCUGCAACCAUAUGCACUUUCCUAGUGCGCCAACUUACCCCCGAAAAGUUUGUGAAUGGGUGCCCUGUCACUCGAACGCGCCGUUUUUGACGGCAUUCUCCACGUCUGCGGUUGGGAGGUGCAUGACUCCACCUCUUUUCUGUUCAUAUAAACGGCAACAGCAGUGCAAUGCUUCCAGUUGCCAGCCGCGCCGUACCUGCAGUCGCGUGACUGAUUCUUUUUUGAAGUGAUGGCCAAGUACAUUUUUGCCAGAAAGAUAAUAAAAUUCCAUUUAACGUAAUAAUAAUUACCGUGACUACUAGACUGUUACUUCAUUUUCUAACUUGUAACACAUAACUGAAGUUACGGUCCUGUGUGUUUGAAAUAUUACACUAAAGGCUUUGUGUUAAGACACCCUUGCUUGAAUAUAAGCUUUCAGGUGUCAGACCAUGCGUAUCAAAAAAUGGUAUGUCGAGCUUCGUUGUUCUAAAGCAGUACUCAAACUCGCCUCAGCUAGCGGGCUGCAGUCACGAAAUUUAGUCCCACUAGGGCCGGGACAGUGGAGAAAUAAGAGAAGGCGGGGGGUAGCUUGCACAAAAUUUCAGCUAGCGUUGCCAAAGCCGGCAUUUCCCAUAUAUAAUAUAUGGCUGAUUUCUGAAGAAGAUUUGACGUAAGGAUUUCAGCAACAUGUCGAUACAGAUCCCCGGAAUGACUAAAAUCUGGACACCGAUUCUGAAAUAUGGAGCUUCUGUUUCAAGGCUAUGUUUCAUUACAUAGUGACCGCAUGGGGUACCUCACGAAAAAAUGCCUGAGACCAGUCAAGUCUCUGUAGCUCAUGAAUACACUUAUUAAAGAAAAUAUCGGACUAAGACAGUCAUGUAUAGGAGCCGUGGGCCGCAUGCGGCUGGCGGGCCACGUGUUUGAGACCCCUGUUCUAAAGAGACACGUUUUGGUGUGUCGUUUAUAUGGGAUACAAGUGGAUAAUUCACUUAGAAUGAGGUUGCACGAUGUAUCUAGUGCAAAACGUCAAGCUUUUGCCCUAAAGUGUUAAUAACUGAUUAUUCAUAUGCUUGGUGCAGAAACGCUCAUUACUCAAAGCAGAGAUCGUUUUAUAUUCUUCCUUUUGUGCUGAAGUCAUAACGGAUAAUGGAGGUGAGUUGGUGCUGCUCAGGGGCAUAGCCAGAAAUUUUUUUUCAGGGUGUUCAAUCACCCUUUGUGUAUGUUCGUGUGUGUGUUUGCAUGUGUAGGUGUGUAUUGUAUACACAUUCAAUAUUUUAAAAUUUCGGGGGGGGUUUUGAAUCCCCCUGCAGCGAGGGACCUGUUUGAUUGUUAUUAGAGAGAUAAAUUUUUUCGUUGUUCUGUUUCAUGAGCAAAAAGAAUGUCAUUUGCAAACAAAUAACAGUGUCUGCACCCAACUAGUGUUUGGGCCUUUGCAGCCAUUUAUAAGUCAUAGAAGAUGUGUUUGUCACAGAUUUUUCUGAAAUAUCUGCAUUUUUUCUUUCCUUUCUUUGUCUAGAAGUGUAGCGUAUAAGAGUCAAUCAACAUGAGCUCACUUGGGUGUCAGCCAUUAUUAGGCAGGGUGUGCUCACAACUGAAGGUGUACUGCGGGGGUGUGCACCGUUGCAGCAGUACACCUGCCCAAUAAAGGUCGACACCCAAGUGAGCUGAUGUUGAUUCAUUGUUAUGCUCGUUCACUUGGGAGUCAACCAUUAUUAGGCUGGUGUGCUCACAACUGAAAGUGUACUGCAGUGGUGUUCACACGUACACCCCUGCAGUACACCACCUUGAAUGUCGAUGUGUGUGCACUGCUGCAGCAGUAAACCUGCCUAAUAAUGGUCGAAACUCGAGCGUGGCGAUGCCGAUUCAUUGUUAUGCACAUUCACUUGAGUGUCAAUCAUUAUUAGGCAGGUGUACUCACAACUGAAGGUGUACAGCAGGGGCGUUCACACACCCCUGCGGUACACAACCUUGAAUGUCUAUGUAUGUGCACCCCUGCAGCAGUACACCGCUGCGGGGGUGCACACUCAUGGACAUUGACGAAAAAUAAAAAACACAGCCUGAAUGUAUGUGUGUGUCUGUCUUUGCAGUGUAUCUAUGCACCUUCGGUUAUGCUACACUUAAUAGAAUGCUACGGAGGCCCUCCACCUCACUGUGCUUUCGUUUCACUCAUAUGUUCAAUAAGAAAGAAGCAGCGCCCCCUGCGAGAGAUAGUGGAACGACCCAGCUCAAGCCGUGACGAUGUGCCCAGCAAAUUUGCUCCCGCCCCGUGUACAUAGAUUCUCACCUCCUUCUCCUCCUCCCUUUUCAUAAAGUCAUUGUGAAACACCACAGUGUGUGUGGGCCUCACUUUCUAGUGUUUGUGAUCUGCGAGCCUGGCCUCGGAUCUGCGAGCCUGGCCUGUCACUUUCAGAGAUACUUUUGAAUCUUGUGUGGCGUCAGGCCUAGUGCGUACCAUACCAUUAAGACCACAAGAGGGUCCCGUCAUUGGCUUAGCCAAUCCAAAUUCCACCGAAUGUGUAUAAAACCUGAAAAUCCUUACUGUGGCCCCUAGUUGCAAAAGCAACCUAACCUAUAUUUAUACUCUGUACGCAGGUAGAUGAAGCGAUUUAUGUACAGUGUUGUGUUCCUACACCUCUUGACAACAAUGCGUGGUGGCGGAUGCGUUGUGUCCCACUUACUGCACGUGACGGCUCUGUCAGCUGUGUAUGUCACAUUUCUGCACCGAACAACUUUGUGCUGUGAAAAGAAUGCUGUGGAGCAGUGGUAAAAUGAUGUGAAUACGCUCUAUAUCUGUGUAAUGUCUAUCUCGUUUGUGCAGUUGCGGUGGCUUGUGAAAAACGGCAAGGAGAUACGCGACAAAAACAUGUACAAGAGGAGGAACUGAGGGGCGGCAUUUCUUACCAAGGAACACUACGGAAAGCAAUUUAUUCUUCAAUUAGGCCCUGUCUGAACUAGCAUCCAAGCGGCGGUUUCCUCCAAGUAACAGCUACAAAUCUCAAAGGCCGUGCGUGUGUACUGUGAGCUGCCAGUUGGACGGCAGGAAACCGAAACGCAUCAUGGCUGCUGUGCUUUACACACCACCUGUAGAGGUCUAGAAUCAACUAGGCAAAAGAAAACAGAAGUGGGCAAAAGAAAAGAAAAAAAGAGCCCACCAAUCUACGCCUCAUAUCUUAGUCAUCAGACAAUUACUUGUCAAGAAUACUGCGCCACAUUCAUUUUACAUCUUGCAGCAACACAAUAGCACGACCCCUUGUUACUAUUCCAUGGCACGCGAUUGAUGAAUGGAGUAUAAUAGAUUUCUUACAGUGAACAACUUUCGUUGCUACACUCGGCACCAACACUGUUCUGUGCGUUGGAGGCCCUAAUGCUUUCCACUUCGUUACCAAAGGUAGAGGAUUGUACUGAUACAGUCAAGCUUUGCCUCAAUAAUGCUGCAUGUAACAUCGUCAAUGCACUGAUAUUAGUAAGAAACAUUUUUUUUAGAUUUGUUUCUAUAUCUGAUGAUUCGUUAUAUCCAUGCUUGUUAUAUAGUAUUAGGUUUCAACUGUGUAGCCUUUGCCAUACCUAGCCAUGGUACAUGAGUAUCUCUUAACGUAGCAACGAAGUGAAAUAAGUUGUGAUAUCAGGAGCUGCUCACUGUCCUUCUUAUGCAGGUGCCGAACGCUCGAAAGAUCUUUGAGACGUUUUGUUGUUGCUUAAUUUCUCUUCCUGCAUUAGUGCUACACUUUGUUGUUUUGCUAUUGCGGUGCUGUAUGUGGAGACAAAUUUUCGAAAUAAAUGUUAGCUGCAAGACCAGAAUUCCAUCUCGUGC